AUGGUGAAUGAUAAAAUAUAUAUCAAUGGAAAAAAGAGAAAGGAAAACGCAGAUUCUUUACUCAAGGACAAAAGAAAUCUAACGCGAGAAAGUCGAAAGCGGCAUAAGCACAGCGGCCACAGCGUAACUAUAUCAUCGGCGUCCAGUACUAGAGAUGGUGAUGAUCCAGACGAUCCUAGUCUACAAGAACAGGCAGAUGCCUUUUUAUUAGAUAAUAGUGGCGUUAUUAAUGGCUCCUUGAAUGUAUUUCGGUUUAUUUUAAACGUAGUUUUCGUUCUCAUCGCGCAGAUCAUAACAGCUUAUAGCCUAUCUUCUUCAGUGUUAUCUAAUACCAGUAGUGCUAGCAUUGCAAAAAGUGGGCAUAUGACUGGAACACUAAAUGAAGCUCUGAUGUUUAUGGUUGUAAAAGACUACUUACCUCUUGACUUCGUCGAAGGGCUUGGAUUCAAGUACUUUUCAAAGAAAGCAGUGCCACUUUACAAAGUGCCAAGCAGAAGGAAUUUUACAAGACUGCUUGAUGCUAAAUACAAUGUUCUUAGUGCUCGUAUGCAGGAUAUAUUUUCCAAAAUUAAAGAGUUUAAUCUGACUGCCGACAUAUGGACUGACACGCACACCACCACGAGCUAUCUUGGCGUCACGGUACACUUUCUGUCGGGAUAUGAAAUGAUGGCAGCAACAAUUGGCGUCACACCUCUAAAUGCGUCUCAUGAUAGCCAAUACAUUUCAAGAAUGUUGGAAGAAACGUGCGCUGAAUGGAACAUAAGCAAAGUCAAGGUAAAGCAUAUUGUCACUGACAACGCAGCCAACAUUGUCGCGGCAGCGAAAGCUGUAUUCGGCUCCUCCAAACACUUAGGUUGUUUCGCACAUAUGUUGAAUUUAGUGGCUGAAAAAGCCAUUGAGACAACUCCUGGCCUCAGUGACUUGAUCAAUAAGGUGAAGUCAAUAGUAACCUUCUUUAAGCACAGCGUUAACGCCUCUGAUCAGCUUAAAGCGAUCCAGUUGCAGAACGGCCGCACAGAGAGCACUGUGCUUAAGUUGAUACAAUCAGUAUCCACUCGCUGGAAUUCAACAUUCGCCAUGAUUGAUCGGUUCAUUGAUUUGAGUGAUAUCGUGGGAGCAUUACUUUUGAAGUACCGAAACGUGACCAUGCUCAGUGGGGAGCUAUCGGAGCUCAAAGAAUUGAGCCGUAUUCUUAAACCUCUGGAUCACCUUACAAAAGAAUUGAGCUCAGAAAAAACUACUUCUGUUAGUAAAGUAAUCCCAAUGAUGAAUCUUCUGAAGCAGCUCCUAAUCGGCAUGGAAUUGCCUGUUGACGCGAAAGUGGCUAUCGCUUUAAAGGAGCAGCUCGUGAAGCAGAUAGACAUUCGUUUCGGCCAGGAUGAAAAUGUGGAAACGUUAGCGCUGGCAACCCUAUUAGACCCUCGCUUUAAGAAAAUAUACUUUCACGAGCCCCUCGCUCGUGCCAGAGCAGUGUCCAAAGUCACGGCCAAGAUCAUGGAAAUGCAAAGGGCAGAGGCAAUAUUGGCAGCAGAGUUGCCAUCAAUCCCAGUCAUUGCCAGCGAUCCUGAGAACUUGUGGAGCCUGCAUGACGUCAUGGUGGCUAAUGUCGGCCCGCAAGAGCCAGACAAUGUAGAUGGUGUCUCUGGACAAUUAAGAUUAUACUUAAACAGCCCCCUUGCUCCUCGUGAUACUAAUCCAUUACAAAUCUGGGAGACUCUAAAGAAGUAUUAG